AUGACAACGUUUGACUUCUCGGAUAUAGAAGCGUUCCUGGACUGCCAUCCGGAUCUCUUCGAGGAGUAUCUGGUCCGCAAGGCUAAGUGUGACCAGGUCAGCAGGUGGUUGAAGGAGCACCAGCCGUCGAAGGCGUCCACUGCCGAUGAGAAGCGCGGCGCCGCCUGCAGGGACCCUCUCUGGUCGAGCAACCCGGACGGGCUCCGGCGCAGAUCGUCCCACAUGGAGCUGCGACGGAACUUCGCCCGGUCCAAAGCCACCACCGCGCACCGGACCUACGACGAGCACGUUAGUAUCAUCGAGCACGAGUCCCAGUCCAGCAUGAGGCGCCGUGCGCUCCUGCGUAAAGCCAGCUCCCUGCCUCCGACCACCGCGCACAUCCUGAGCGCCCUGCUGGAGUCCAGGGUCAGCGUGCCCCAGUACGCGUCCAGUGCCAUCGACUACAAAUACCGACUGAAGGAAACCAACGAGCGGGAGUUUUUCCUGGAGUUAGUGAAGGACAUCUCCAACGAUCUGGACCUGACCAACCUGAGCUAUAAGAUCCUGAUCAACGUGUGCAUCCUGGUGGACGCAGACAGGUGUUCGCUUUUCCUCGUUGAGGGACCCGCGCACAAGAGGACGCUGGUGUCCAAAUUCUUCGACGUGCACUCGGGCACCACGGUCAGACCAUCCUCCUGCACACUGAACUCCAAUGAGGUGCAGGUGCCGUGGGGAAAGGGGAUCAUUGGGUAUGUGGCGGAGCACGGGGAGACAGUGAACAUCCCAAAUGCAUAUCAGGAUCACCGCUUCAGUGAUGAAAUAGACAAGUUGACCGGCUACAAGACUCAGUCCAUCCUCUGCAUGGCCAUCUGCAACAGUGAUGGAGAGGUCAUAGGUGUCGUGCAAGCAAUCAACAAGAACCCCAUGGGCAGCCCCUUCAUGGAGGAUGAUGAGAAGGUGCUGCAGAUGUAUCUCCCGUUCUGUGGAAUAUCGAUUUCCAAUGCCAAGUUGUUUUCAGAGUCUCGCAAGGAGUAUGAAAGGAGCAGGGCUCUGCUGGAGGUGGUCAACGACCUGUUUGAGGAGCAGACCGACCUGGAGAAGAUUGUGAGGAAGAUCAUGCAGCGAGCUCUGACCCUCUUGCGGUGUGAACGCUGCUCUGUGCUGCUCCUGGAGGACAUCGACUCACCUGUUGUAAAGUUCUCCAAGACGUUUGAACUCAUGUCGCCCUUGUGCAACUUGGACCGUGACAUCAGCCUGGAAAAGCUGUCGUGUUCUGAUUGGCUGAUCAAUAACAGCAUUGCUGAGCUGGUGGCUUCCACGGGACUGCCCGUUAACAUCAGCGACGUGUGUCAGGACCCGCGCUUUGAUGCUGAGGCGGAUCAGGCCUCAGGGUUUCACAUCCGAUCAGUGUUAUGUGUCCCGAUCUGGAAUCGAACUCAUCAGAUAAUUGGGGUCGCACAAAUUCUGAACCGACUGGACAGGAAGACUUUCAAUGAUGCAGAUCAGAGACUGUUUGAGGCAUUCGUCAUUUUCUGUGGACUUGGAAUAAACAACACGAUGAUGUACAAUCAGGUUAAGAAGACUUGGGCCAAGCAGUCUGUAGCACUGGAUAUGUUGUCCUACCAUGCUACCUGCUCCAAGGUAGAAGUUGACAGACUCAAGGCAGCCAAGAUCCCCCUGAGCAGUGAGUUAGGCAUCGAUGAGUUUUACUUCAACGACUUCUCUUUGGACAAUGACGCCAUGAUCAGUGCGUCACUGAGAAUGUUUCUGGAACUUGGUGUCGUGCAAAAAUUUAAAAUUGACUAUGAGGUUUUAUGCCGCUGGCUCCUGACUGUGAGGAAGAACUAUCGGACUGUGGUGUACCAUAACUGGAGGCAUGCUUUCAAUGUGUCCCAGUGCAUGUUUCUUAUGAUCACAACAGCCAAUUUUCAAGAUGUGCUGUCCGAGGCAGAGAUACUGGCCCUGAUGGUUGGCUGCCUUUGUCAUGACUUGGACCACCGGGGCACCAACAACGCCUUCCAAGCCAAGACGGGCUCUGCUCUGGCUCUGCUCUACGGGACGUCAGCCACGCUGGAGCAUCACCACUUCAAUCACGCUGUCAUGAUCCUACAAAGUGAGGGUCACAACAUCUUUGCAAACCUCUGCUCUAAGGAAUACAGCAAUAUGAUGCAACUAUUGAAGCAGGCUAUUCUCUCCACAGACCUUACUUUGCACUUUGAGCGCAGGAACAAGUUCUUUGAGUGUGUUCUUUCCGGAGACUACAGCUGGACGGAUGAAGAACACCGAGAAGUUCUCAGAUCUAUGCUGAUGACAGCAUGUGACCUGGGCGCCGUCACACGUCCUUGGAAGAUCUCCAAACAGGUUGCAGAACUAGUGACGAGUGAGUUCUUUGAGCAAGGUGACAGGGAGAGGUCUGAGCUGAAGUUGACCCCAGCAGCCAUAUUUGACCGUAAUCGCAAAGAUGAACUACCAUUGUUACAGCUGGAGUGGAUAGAUGGGAUCUGUAAACCGCUUUACCAGACCCUGCUGAAGCUCAACGUGAAGCUGGAGCCAAUGGUCGAAGAGAUUGAUGCCAAUCGAAAGAAGUGGCAGGAUCUCUGUUCGACCUAUCAGCACACGUGCUCUGAGUCCACUGAGAGCACGGAAUCGGAUCCGAGUCCCGAGCCCCACGAGGAGGCAGAGACCAGUCAACACCACGAGUCCACAGAGUCUGUGAGGCCCGUUGAAAACGCCCAGUUUGGAUCCAAGUCGAAGGCCAGCCAGGCUCUGAGGUACAGAGAGAGCGAAGAGUGCUGCGACGAUCCGUCAGCUGACAGCACGACACCUGCAGGAAAGAAGUAAAGCACAGAAUAUGUCAGAAUAUGUUUAUCCCUUCUAAUGACUUGCAUGGGACUUUUCCCAUAUGCAUCCUGUGAUUUUCUAAUGCUCUACAUGCACUAACCAAAAGUGUGUCACUGUGUUAGGAGCGGGGGAAUAAUUCCUGUUUAUCACACUCUAAAGGGCAGUUUCCCGUAAUAUCUAUCUAUCUAUCUAUCUAUCUAUCUAUCUAUCUAUCUAUCUAUCUAUCUAUCUUUCUAUCUAUCUAUCUAUCUAUCUAUCUAUCUAUCUAUCUAUCUAUCUAUCUAUCUAUCUGUCUAUCUAUCUAUCUAUCUAUCUAUCUAUCUUUCUAUCUAUCUAUCUAUCUAUCUAUCUAUCUAUCUUUCUAUCUAUCUAUCUAUCUAUCUAUCUAUCUAUCUAUCUAUCUAUCUAUCUAUCUAUCUAUCUAUCUAUCUAUCUAUCUAUCUAUCUAUCUAUCUGUCUAUCUAUCUAUCUAUCUAUCUCUCUAAAGACAUCUGAGAGUGAGGGACUGAUGAAACCAAAGAGGGCCAUGUAUAACAGUAACGCUUUUGAAUGGGAACCGCCUCGAACACACUCUCCCCCUGCAAAUGCCUUUACGAAAAACAAAGGGAAUCACUGUGAUUUCUCCCUGUCACUUAGAUUGCUGCCAUUCUGAAUGGAGGCCAGAGCUUCGAGCUUGUUCCUGAAUGUUUCUCAUCGAUAUGCUUUCUUACCUCAGUUGCAAACCUUUGGCUGCAUGCCGUUGUUUUCUGCUACCUGAGCCUCCAGCCGUCGACUUGUUCUGUGGUCUUGUGUGUUAUGUUUGCAUCAUGAGCGCGUACACCCUCCUUGGAAAGUGAUGACACAGAGGAUUACAUAGAGGAAGAUACAUUUUUUGUCUUAUGCUUCUUAAAGAAACUGGUUUACUCUUUUUGGAUAAAAUGUAUUGUUUCUAACUAUAGUGAUUUUUUUAUUUUACCCCAAACACAUUAUUGUAUAUCUAUUCAUUUGCCUAAAGCCUACUGUACUUUCUUGUGACAUGUGCCAUUGACUUUCUAAAUAUGCAUCAGCCGAGCAAAGUUUAGCUCAUUUCAUUCUCCAGUUUAUCUUUAAACCGCACACAACAGCAUGAAGAACAUCUACGAGACUGAGCUCAGCUUUUAGAAGAUUUCAUUAUUGUAGAGUAUAAACUGUGUUUCUUUAGUUUGUGAUUUACCAUCACUAAUUCAGACCGGACCGCAUGCUGAUUAUUCUCAAACUGCAUGUAUCAUAUUUGAUGUAUAUACACUGGAUUUUAUCUCGAUGCCUUUGAAUGCCCUAUGAGAUUUGCUUUGCAUGAAACUGCUGUAAAGGUAAAUACCAAGUGUUGUGACGUGACAAUAUUGUUGCUCUACUAUUACUUUUGUCGUUGAGGACGGAUAAAGAUUUCUAUUUUCGAUCAAAGACUGUACCAAAAUUAUACAUUCAUUAUUUUUCAUACACCGGACUAUAUUUAUGCAAGACGUAGAAUUGGCAUUUUCUCCUGCUAUUUAUACACAGUCUAAAAACAGCUUCUCAGAGAAGACAGGGAUGUGUCACAUUUUAGAUAAAAGGGAGGAAAUUGACUC